CCGGCGGCUCGCCGAUGAAUGGAGGCGCCGGGGGCGCGCGCGCGUGUGGCUGUGGCGCGGGAUGGGGGUCGGCGGCGCGUGCGGGUUCUGGCGGCGGGCCUCGGGCCCGGAGGAGCAGCGGCUGCUGGAGCUCCUCGCCUACGGGCUGGUGGCGCUGGGCGCCGCCUCCGCCCUGCUGCUCUGCUUCAUCCCCAUGCCCUACGGCCGGUACUCCUCCCGGCGCUUCGGCUGGCUGCUGCCCGCCCGCCCCGCCUGGGCGCUGCAGGAGCUGCCCUCCCUCCUCGUCCCGCUCGGGCUCGCCGCCUGCGGCGGGGCGGCCACCGCCGCCUGGCCCAACCGCCUGCUGCUGGGCUGCUUCGUCGUGCACUACGCGCACAGGGCACUCAUAUUUCCUCUUCUGAUCCGGGAAGGAAAACCAACACCAUUUUUCACUUUUGUGCUAGCGCUUCUCUUCUGUGUUUACAAUGGAUACUUGCAAGGCCGAAGCUUAAGUAACUAUGCAAAAUACCCUUCAGGCUGGUUAAAAGAUCCGUGUUUCAUUACAGGUUUUAUAGGAUGGUUGAUUGGCAUGGCAAUCAAUAUUCAUUCCGAUCAUAUUCUCAGAAAUCUGAGAAAACCAGGGGAAACCGGUUACAAGAUACCAAGAGGAGGAAUGUUUGAGUAUGUCAGUGGAGCCAACUUUUUUGGAGAGAUCCUGGAAUGGUUUGGGUUUGCCCUUGCCUGCUGCACCAUUGAAAGCCUUGCAUUUGCGUUGUGUACGCUUUUCAUCUUGGGCUCAAGGGCAAAACAACACCAUCAAUGGUACCUUGAGAAAUUUGAAGACUAUCCAAAGUGCAGAAAAAUUGUGAUCCCAUUUCUCUACUGAGCUGUGCUUUUAAUGCUUUCUGAAAUGGAUGCUUUUUGUAACAGCUAAUGCCUUACAGGUGUUAGCAGGUUAACAACAUACUCUGAUCAUCACUGUGACAAAGCCUUUGCAUCAGUGCUGCUAUUAGUUACUGCUUUUCCUCUUAAUGAAAACCCAGAAAGCGAUGGACAUGGUGAAUUGGAACAGAAAUGCUUUUCCAACAGUGGAGCACCAUCAUAAAUACAAUAAGGCAACGCAUCUGAUUAGGCAUCAUGGAAAGUACUGUUACAGGAGUUCUGGUGUUUCCUUUUCUGCCUAUCCAAGCUUCUGCCGUUUCCACUUGAUCUAGCCAUGCUGUCCUGAGGACUGUGCCGUGAGCCCAGUCACUGUCGCUGCAAUCUGGAUGGUGUGUUCUGCCUGUUAUUUGCCUGCAUACACAAAUGGGGUUGAUUUUUUUCUUUCUUGCCUUCCUAAUCCUUUCUUCCCCCACCUGCAUUUCCAGGAGAACUGAUGAUGCAGACCAAGGACAUUAGAUGAAUAUAGUUGCUGUUAGGUGAGAGACAGUGUUCUUCCUCCUCUUUGCAUUUGUACACAGGACUCCAGAAGGGUUUCAAAAACAUGAUGGGAUCCCACGCAUACUGAUUUUCAAGUUUCAGGCACAUCUGUGUCCUUUGCAUGCUUGUGAUAUUAAAGAACUUUUUAGAAUUGCUGAAAAAAAUUAAGAAAUUCUACAGAAAAUGUAAAAAAAAAAAGCAACCAACAAACACAAACAAAAACCCCCAAACCAACAUUCAAAUAAUAAUAAACACCCUCCCCCCAAAAAAAACCCCAAACAAAUCCCCCACAAAACUCACUCUUCUGCUAACAUACUUUGGAAAUCAAUGGAAAUCAAACUUUUGCCAAGUGUCUUCUGAUCUGUUUACACUAUAUAUGUUAUGUUCUUCAAAACAAAUUGGUAACAUAAUUUUACUAGAUGCUGAGUUUUCCAGUAUGGUAUUGUGGUAAGCUUUAUCUAAAGCUCAAAAUUCUGUCUUUGCUGUUGAGUUACACUGCUGUAGUAAUCAAAGUAACAUAUCUGAUGAACUUUACCUUUAAAAUUUUAGAUACUAGUUUAAAAAAGUACAUUUCGUAAAUAGGCAGUGAAAACAGGACUUGGACCCAAGCUUCUGCUUAACAAUUGUUUCUUCUUCCUCUCCUUCCUGCCAUGUUUAUACAGUACUUACUGCACUGCAGUCUUGGCUAUUAUUAAGGAUUUAUUCAGUGGUGUAAAUAAGUGUAACAAAAAAUUCUAUCGUUAUUGACUGCAAUAGUCAAAGGAAGGAGGGGAGGGAAACUGGCAGUCCUGUGGUGAUGAUGACUGACCUGCAGCUAAGCCCUUGGGCUGCCAGUUGCUCCUCAUAAUGUAGACUGGGAUGACCAAUCCUGCUGUCUGCCAAUAACCAAAAAGUCCAGCUUUGGGAGAACAUAGGAAUACUCAUUCUUUUGCCAGUGUCAUUACUUGAUUCUGAAAUUAUUUAAUCAUUUCUUCAGUGUUUACAUUUUUCCUUACUGUUUUACAGGAAGUUUGAGGCUUCUCCUCUUGUUUUUGUUAUCACACUAUAAUUUUGCAUUUGAUCCUAGCUCUUUGAUCGACAGUCAUGAAGUUCCCUGGGGAAAGGAUGGUGGGGAGGAUGAUUUACUCCUCAAUGCUAAAGUGGAAUUAGUGGACAAUAAAAUUUCAAUAGGAUCACUUAAAGCAUAUUCUGAAGAGAAUUUUAGAAACCUAGUCUUUAUAUAUAGAAAUAUUUUUAAACCCUAACAUAUCCCUGUGGCAGUUUUUAAAAUCUUGGUAUCAAAAUCAUCCAGCUAUCAAAACGUGGUUUAGAGGGAAAAAAUACAGGAUUCAAAGAGCACUAUCUACUCUAGGUGUUAAAAUACUUGCAUAGUUUAUGGUGAAUUAAUCUUGUAUCUUUAGGGAUAUUUGAUUAAAAAAAAAUCACUAAUUGGGACAACCAACCAGUAAAAAAGAUCUGGCUGCAGCACUUUAGUCUCUAAUCUACCAUCUCUUUUUUUUUUUUUUUGGUCUUUUAUGAAAAGGCAAAGAUUCUUUUAAUAGUAAAUAGUGGGAGAAACUGUUCAGUGUUCAGUAGAUCUCCUUAUAUUCAAGAGCUGUAGCUCUCUAGUCAGCAAUCUGUAUCAUAGUUUACAGAAAAUUUGUACUGAUGUCUCAGUGUUGCUCUGGUGCUAUGUUGCUAAAUAUUUAUCUUGACUAAAAGUUCAGCUGGUUUGCUCACAUAAUGUUAAUUUAUGGUUUACCUGUAGCAGGAUGGGGAUCUGAGACGCAAUGCUCUGACAGCUUAUCUGUGUGUGUUCUAUUGUUACAGAAGAGGAAAAGAUAAGGUCUGUGGGAUAUGAAUGUCAGUGCAUGUAGAAAUUCUAGUUAAUUGGAUUAUAAGAAAAGGAAAAAAAAUGGAAGAAGGUUUUGUUCUUUGUGUGUUUAUAUUUUUAUAUUCUCAUUGUACUGUUGGAACCUUCCUUAAGUACAGAAUUUGAGGCAGUUCAUCAGAGCACAAGUCUUAUGAGGAGCAGCUGAGGGAACUGGGGUUGUUUAGCCUGAAGAAAAGGAGGCUGAGGGGAGACCUUAUCGCUCUCUGUAACUACCUGAAAGGAGGCUGUAGGCAGGUGGGUGUUGGUCUCUUCUCCCAAGUAACAAGCAAUAGGACAGGAGGAAAUGGCCUCAAGUUGCACCAGGUCAGGUUUAGAUUGGGUAUUAGGAAAAAUUUCUUCACCAGGAGGGUUGUCAAGCAUUGGAACAGGCUGCCCAGGGAAGUGGUUGAGUCACCAUCCCUGGAGGUAUUUGAAAGGAGUGUAGAUGUGGUGCUUGGGGACAUGGUUUAGUGGUGGACUUGGCAGUGUUAGGUUAACAAUUGGACUCAAUGGUCUUUUCCAACCUACAUCAUUCUAGGAUUCUUGCAUUUCAAGACCUAGGUGCAUUGGUGAAAAGUAUAUGACAACUUGGACAAAUGCUAGAACUGUCUUUUGUUUAAAUAAUAUGCCAUUUAUUUGUCAUACUUCACUCAUGUUCCCUUCCCCUUUCAGCAGCUUUGACAAAAUUUUUCUGUUAGAAAAUAUCUGAUACUGAGUUUUUUCUUGAAAAUAUGUUGUGUGAAAAUGAACUCUGUCCAUUCCAGAAGGAGAAAACGUGUACUUGCAAUUGGGUAUAAUAUCUGUAGCAAUUUUUAAGAGACACUUGUAUUCAGACUGCCUACAUUUUUUCCCAAAAAUCCCCUACUAAUAAAACAUUGUUUGCAGUGUCUUGCUUGAAUCCUUUUUUUCUGUUAGUAAUCCUUGCUAUAACUCGUGGAGGUUGACCAAGGCUUUUGUACCAGUGAUUUCAUUAUCCUAAAUGAGGUCUUCAGGACUGUAAUAGUAAGGUUGCAUUAGAAUAACCUAAAUGCAUAUGUGAACUUCAUGAUACACUCAAAAAAAGAAAUUAUUCAAAGUCACAAGAAUUUGUCUUGUGAUACAAUCUUAACUAUGUAAAACAAAGUAUGUAGCUGAGAUGUUCUACACUUGCAGUUAGAGCAAAGAUUAACAGAAGCAGAGACUACUCAUUUGGGUUCCUCUUCUGCUGCUAGGUCAUGGUGAACUUUUCAUUUGGAACAACUGUAGCACCUGCCAUUUCAACUAUUUUAAUUGUGGUUCAGCAGCAUAUUGUCUUUUUGAGGAAUGAAGAUAGUGUACAAAUGAGUUGUCAUAUAAACUUGUAUUCUUUCAGCAGGCAAGAAAUCCUGAG